ACAACAGGAUUUGGUUGCUGACUCUGGUGAGGAGGAGAAGGAAGCUGCUGCAGCCUGCAAAAUAAGAGCAGAAAACUUGCCCCGCCCAAAAAAGAAAAAGGAAAGAAAAAAAGCCAAAAAGAAGGGAGGAGGAUUUCCAUUUAUAUGGCGUUGUUAUCCAUAUCAACUUCCCUAUCUUCAUAUGCUCCGACGGCUUUGCCGUUGCUGAGCAGCUCAGGUCAUUCAUCGUCGACAUCAUCGACGACCUCCGACCAAAUAGUGAGCCGUCAGCCACAUGUCGUAUCUUUCCUUCCGCGGUCGGUUUCAAUCUUUAGAAAAUGUGGAGGGCUAGGGCAUAGUCAGCAGCGGAGGGGCCUACAGGUGGUUCGUAUGGCUCCCGAGGAAGAGAAGAUGACUCGCCGUUCUCCUCUAGAUUUCCCAAUUGAAUGGGAACGGCCAAAGCCUGGACGCAGGCCAGACAUCUUUCCCCAAUUCAGCCCUAUGAAAACUCCGUUGCCACCCCCAUUACCAGCUGAUCCUCCUGAAGAAGAUGAAGAGGAAGAAGAAGAAAAGAAAGAAGAGGAGGAGGAAGAUCCAGAGAAAGAGGACGACCCAGAGAAGCAAGAUCAAUAAUUUCAAGUGUUCUGAAGGGAGAAUUGCUUUAAUGUUUGAAUAGGCUUAUUUGCAAGGGAUGGGCAUUUCGUUUGGAGUGUUUUUAAGGGGAGAGAUGUUGUAGUUACACUUUGCACGUAUCCCAUGGUGAAUUGAAGGUGAAGGACGUAAAUGAACAGGUCUAGCUACUAGCAGAUUGUGCUCUUGCAAAGUUUUGGGGUUGCAAAAUUAGGGGAUGGUGGGGAACUUUUCGCUUCAAACUAAUAUCUCUCGCUUCAACGACAGAAGGUUGUGCUACUGAACAGCUAGAUAGCAAAUCUAGUUAAAAUGUAAUAUCAAAACAGUUUUGCUAGUGAACAACUACAGCCACUUCUAAUUAAUAGCCUGUGCUCUGCUUGUUGACCUAUCA